GAAAAGAUUUUUUGUCUCGUUCAGGAAGGCAAAAUGCUGUUGUUAUGGACCUCAAUGUAUCAGAGAGACAGCUUUGCAUCAGUGUGGAGGCUUGCUCAAUUCGGUUGCCACUGCCUGAGCUGGGAGAUUUUGAUAUUUCUGUCAACACCUUAAAGCUGUUUGACAGCAAUGAAAAUACAGUUAUUCACCAACAUUACAUAUUAAGUAACUGGUGCUAUGUUUUGCCAAGCAUGAAAAUGGGUCAGAUCAUAAACAUCAGCCACAUAAUUCCUCCAGAAUCUCCUUUCCGUUCAUAUAAAGAAUUGCAGAUGCACUGGAAGAAUCUGUAUGGAUAUAUUCUUCCAGAAGAUCUCGAAGAGACAAAAAUAUACUGCAGUGUCUACUUCAAACCAAUUGAGGAAAGGUUUUUUACGUACCCUUUAAGUUGCAUUCGAAGUCAGCCGGUGCAGUAUUUCCCUAGAACAGAUUCAGAAAGUGUGUUGAACUCUUUUAUUUCUGACAUGAAGCGUAAUCUUUCACAUCUAUGUGGAUUUCCAGUAAAGAUGACAAGUAAAGCGCUUUAUGCUACACAGGAACUCUCCAGGGCUCUGGAAAUAAAAUCUAAGGAUAUUAAAUUGGCCGGUGAGAUGGUUUGUGUAGUUUCUCUAACGCAGGCUCCCCCAAGGAAACAGACUUUGCCUGGAAUUUCUUCACCGUGCAGUAUGGAAAACAGCCACUGGAUGGAGCGUUUGAACAAAGAGCCAGAAACACCUGCUUUUUUGAGUAGUAGUAAGGGUGCAGAAAAGGUCAGCAUUGAAGCAACAGCUAAAUCAAUGAAUAGUAGACAAAUACCAGGAGUACCAGAGUUACCAGCUGUGAAAUCUUUAGGAAUGCCUGUAAAUUCAGCCUUUGAACUCCCUCCCCAAAAAGUCAGCAAAAUUAUACCAAUUUUCAAAGGAAGGUUGAUGCAAAUGAAUGGGAAGAACACAAAUCAAAUUGAUGGGAAGAAAAGAGAAAAUGCUGGAAGACAUUCACCAGUAAAAAUUAUGGAUGUUUCAUCUUCUAUGCUGAGUGCGUGCAAAUUCAGCAUAACUCAGGUUUACAAACCCGUUCAAAAUAUGUCAGUCAAAAAUCCUACUCAUAGCAGCAUACUUAAGGUAAUGAAUGUGAAAACAAAUGCACAACCUGAUAUACCCAUAUUUCGAUGGAAAACAGAGUCUGGUGGACAAAUGGCUAAUUCUCAUUUUUCUGGUAACUCAGCUUCGCAUAGGAAUUCGAGUGAAGUCAAUCACAAAAAGACAAAUUCUCCUUCCUUUGUUAAGAAUGUUGGGUCAGUGCUUCAGAAAUCGAACAUCAGUCUGAGUCUGAAUACAUAUCCAUCUCCUACUUACAGUGCAAGAAGGGGAAAAAAGUUUGCAAGUCAAAAUACCUCUCAAGUUCUUGAGAAACAACACCAGUCAAAGAAAGUACCUUUGCAAAUUGGUAAAUUAGACAAUGAAAUGACAAACCUUGGUUUAUCACAGCAACAAACAAAGACAUCAAAUGAAGGAGCAGGGUUAAAUAUUCAUGAAUCUGUCUUAAAUUAUACAACGUGCAUCACCAAAAAUGAAGAAAAUAAAGCAGCUUGCCAUUCUAAGGACUGCAUUGCUAAAACAACCAGUUGUCAUUCAAAAUCUAACUUUGAACAGAUGAUUACAGGGAACAAGUAUCUGACAUUUGAAACACUGACCUCAAAACCGACUUCCUCAAUCCAGGAGAGCAACCUGAAAGCAUCUGUAAAGAAAGGUUGUGCCAGAAGAAGACAGAAGGAAGAAGAUUAUUCGAAGUUAAAGAAAGCCAAAAGAAGUAAGCCUUCUAUUUAA